UGCUGGGCUUUUACGCACAUCAGCCCCUUUAGUCAAACAGACACAGAUGAAAUCGCUGCUAGAAUUACCGUCUUGAAAGGCAAGCUAAUGGCGGUCCAGAGAGGUUAAGUAUCUUUUCCAAGGUCACACAGCUAAAAGGAUUCAAAUCCAGGAAGUAGCACUUCAGAGCCUGCACCCUGUCCAUUUAUGUUGGGCGUAUUUUUUUAAUUAAAAAAAGUCUCACUCUUUUAUCUUUGCACCUACUUUGAGGGAGCUCCUGCGGACUUCCCUAGGCUCCUUUGAGGCUUGUUUCUCGACAUCCCAGGGACUUGGUCUGGCUUCCUCUCUUGCCCAGAAGUCCCACUGUCUCUUGUAUUUCCUUUUCCUGGGACUGUCCCCUUUAUUCCUUGUUGUUCCUGAAAAUGACUGCAGAGGUCUUUUAAAGUGUUUUACUGUGCUUCAGUACACAAAGCAGAUGACAGGAAGCGCGAGGGGGAACUUUAAGGCAUCACUGAGUUGCAAAGGUUCAAAGUCACACAGUUGAUGGAGACAUGUGAGUGAACUAAGCCUGUCUUUGUUGACCAGACCCUUGGGACCAGCCUUGUCUUUUUAUGAUUUUCUAGUUCUUUCUCUAGUUCUUGCCUUGGGAAUCCUCUCACUGUCCUCAUCUGGGUUGGAUACUGGGCUGGGACUGGCUACUCAAAUUAGGCUCAACGUAGAUCCAGGUUGGCAUCACUGCUGCGCCUGGUGAGGCUCUCAAUCCUUGUUUCUCUGGGAUGCAGCCCAAGCGAAGGGAGUCUGAAUUCUCACCACCCAGAGCCUCCUCCCCGUCUGCCCCCAGCAACCUAGCAGGUCUAGUUUUGCACCUUCACCCCCUGCAGCUGCCUGGGGGUGCUCAGAAGGUGUGGGUGCUCCUUUGCUUUACCUCCUCACCCCCAGCCUCUGAUCUGAGCUGAAACACAUGCCAACUAGGUUUCCUUGAUUCCAGUCUCCCCCACCCCCAGUUUUGACCUGAAUCGGGUGUAGGGUUCUUAGUUCACAUGAGGCCAUUGGUGACUGACAUCUCUCCCAGGAGGCUCACUCCAUAAAGCCAUCCCUUACAGAAUGAUGGCUUUGCAAUUCAAAUUGCUCCCAGCAUCUAUAGAAGCAGUGAGAGAUGUAAAUUCCCACAAUGAAACAGGAGGUUCCUGUCUCAGAAGCUCUUUAAAAGCACCAGAAAAGAGGGAUGAGCAUGAGUAUGGACUGUCCGGGAUGGAGCUGUGGGGCUUGUAGCUUGGAGUCUGGCCCUGGAGGGGUGCAAGGGACUUUGGACAGGCAUGAGUGACAAUGAGGAUUUGAGAUUGGAGGCGAGUUUGGGCAUCCUGGUUAGGGAGCAUGAUGUCUGAGAAGCAUGAGAUAAGGUGAUGAAGACAAGGUUCUCAAGUCAUUCCAGACUUUGAUGCAGCUGGGACAACUUGGGGGCUGUAAAAGCACUUGAUGCUUAGAUUACCCCCCACACUGAUGAAACCAGAGUGUGUGUGGGGGAGGGGUGCAGGCGGCUGUGCUUUUUAAAGACUCUUGGGUGACUCGAAUGUGGAAAUGGUCAGGGGACCAUUUCCUACUUUGUUCCCUAUAAACUAUCGAAGAUUUAACGCAUACAUGUGUGAGGCAAGAGGAGAAAAGUGGGAAAUGUGUGAGGAAGUAAGGAGAAAAGAACAUUGCUGAGAGGGAAAUGAGAUGAAGCCAGGGAAUAUUCUGCGUAGGAAAUAUGUCUAUGAGACACUACGCAGUUGCUAGCACGGGUCCGAGCUUGACUCUAAACUGCUGCUAAAGCAAAAGGAAAAACUGAGUGGUAAUGACAGUCAUCUCGUAGGAGCCAACCAGUAUUUCCAAAGGAGGCACCAGGUGGCACCGUGGGCAGGGUUUCAACAGUGUCCUCCCAGCCUGCUGAAGCCAGGAGUUUCUCCUGGGCUGGGCCGUUGGCUCCAGGGCCCCUUGGUGUUGUCUGCGGAGGUCAUUUAAAUCCAGAAUUAAUAGCUUGCAUCUAAUAUAGCAAGAAAGGUUGAUUGUGCUUCUUAGGCUGUCGAUUUCUGUCUGUAGCUAAUUUUGAAAUCCUUUCAUUUCGCUGGCUUGCUGGCAAAUUUUACACACAGUAGCCACUUUGUUGACCUGUUGACAGGCAAGUAUAGAACUGUUUUGGCUUUGUCUUUCCUGUGGUCAUCUCUUGCUCUUGACAUAUCCUUCUCUCAAUAAGGACAGAGGAAUAAAUGCAUUUGACCAAGGCACAGACCAGGUGUCAUUAUGCCCCUAGAACAAGCUCACCUGCCACAGCCUCCACCUGGGGAGGGAGGGUGUCUCCAGUACUUCCAGAACCUUCGCUGGGCCACAGGGGUAGUCUGCUUGAGGGGUCACCACCCCUGAAUCUUGCCCAUUGACGUGGAGAUGUGGGAGGGACUAUUUGCUGCAGAUGGCCAGAAAGGAUCUUCUGUCCCCAUCUUCCCUCCACCCAUGUCCAGGCAGUUGAGAAAUGCUGACAGGCCCAUCUCUGCCCUGGGGCCAGCCCUGGGAAGCCUGCUGCUCAGUCAGCUCUCAUUGGCCAGCGGCCCCAAGUGGGUUAGGGGUCAGGUCAGGCUGGGCACCGACUUGGCAAAGAGCUGUCAGGGCAGCCUCAGGGUGAGGGUGAGCCCGUGAGCCUGCUCAGGCGGCCACUCUCCACACACCUGGCCGGUCCUGCCUGCCUGUGCUGGCUGCUGGGGAGCUGGGGUGCGUGGAGGUCUCUGUGGGGGGCUCCUGUGCCUUGUGCUGCUCUUCGCUCUGCUCUGUCACCUGCCAUGUGAGUUUUAGAAGGAAGGGGUAAAUCGGGACUGGGAGACAUCUGUGUGGGCUAGUGUGUGUGUGCGUGCAUGCACGUAUGUAACAUGUAUGUGUAGUAGUCCUGCAGCAACAGGACUGCCCAGGGGCUGUGCCUCACGGAGCCUUGGUGUUGGGGUGAGCUGCGGUGCACACAAACGGCAGGCAGGGGUGUACCCAUGUGGGCUGUGGUGACGCAGCUGCCCAUGUGGGCCCUGAGCCUGGGGGUGCGUGCAUGGGGUCUCUGCCGCCACCUGCUGUCUCUGGGGCUGUGGACCCUCCUGCUUUGCCUCCUCUUGCCUCUCCGGGUGCUGCAUGUCUGUGUGCAGCAGGGAGGCAGCGCCGUGCUCAUGGCUGCCCGCUCCCUGGCCCUCAGAGUCUGCAUCUGGAGCAUUUACCUCUUCCUCCAGGGGGUGGCCUGCUUUGUCCAGCUGGCAGGCUUCUGGGUGAAUCUGCACGUAAAACUCUACUGUGCCUUGCUGGACACCCUCAGUCAUGUCCCUUUGCACCUGCUGUGUGAGCCGGCUGCCAGGUGGCUGGUGUGGGCAGGUGUGUGGGUCAGCAGAGGUCUGGCUCGGGUGCAGGGGUUGGCAAACUUUGUGCAGCUGUGUGCCCACAUGCUCUUCCUGGGUGUGUAUCUAUGCUUGCACAUCUUCUUCACCACCAUCAGCUCCAAGGUCCAUGUGAGGGUGCACGCGCCCUUCUCUGUGUCCCUGCCCUGCAGGGUCCAUGCCCCCCUGAACCUGGGCAUCCGAACGAGGCUGCCAGGCCAGAGGCAUGGGAGGGCCAAGGGCGAGGUGGGUGUACCUCAGAGGGAAAUUUUGGAGGAGCAGAAGCCCCAGAUGUCUCAGAGACCUGAGCCUACAAGGAGAAGGGAGGUGUCACCGAGCAGGAGUGAGCUCGGGCCAGGGGGUAAGUGAGGGGCUGCUCCUGGCCUCUUGGACUUGUGCCCCACCUCUGGGGCUGGCACCUCGUCCUGGCAGCCUGGCCAGACAUGGGACUGCUUCUCAUGAUGCAUGAGGACAUUCUCUUCUCUUGCUUCAUAAAUCUGUGUGCUGCCUCUCCUGUCCCCACUGGCGCCAUUCACUUCCUUUCUGGGUCUGAGGGGUAGGCACAGGCUGACGCCAAUCCUUGCUCUCUGCUGAGAACAGGGCGGCUCCCCGCCUCCCCUGGGCCUGCCUCUCUUUCACCUCUGCCCUCUGCCUCUGUCCUUUGGUGCCAGCAGCAGCUGCUCCCCUUUGUUCCCUUCUCUCCUGUUCUUUCCUGUUCUUUUCCUGUUCUUCUGGUGGGGCCAGAGUUCUCUUCCAGUUUCCCUUCUUCUGGGCCACCUGGGCCCUGUCUUCUGUCCCUGGGGGGACUGCCUCUUCCCAGGGCUGCCUCUUCCGCCAGCCCCCCUCCCUGACUGCCCUCGAGUGUCUGGCCAUAGCUCCUAAGCCC